UUUAAUAUUUUAUAGCCUUUCCCUUUGUUAUUUCUUCAUCUGGGUUUCUCUCUUUUUAACCUUCGGAAACAUCACAUCCAUACGAAAUUCCAUAUAUACGCAUAUAUAUAUAAACGCCCACAUAUACAAAACGCCUACUUCUUUGCUUGCAUUUCCAUUAUAUUCUUUGCGCUGCACCAUUAAUGGAGGGGGAAAAGUAAAGUUGAGAUCUUUAUGAAAAUUCAAGCAAAGGAUUAAAGACAAUUGGGAAUGGCAUCAAGUUCUUGUCCUAAACAGAGCACAGUAGCCAUGAACCGCAAUGCCCCGACCUACCCAUCUCCUCUUGCAAGGUACGAGGAUGUGGUGGCAAGUCAGAAGCUUUUCAUGGCGACCUUGGAAAAGCUUCACUCUAUGAUGGGUACUAAAUUCAUGAUACCGAUCAUAGGGGGACGGGAAUUGGACUUGCAUAAGCUGUUUGUUGAGGUAACUUCUCGUGGUGGAAUUGAAAAGAUCAUUAGAGAAAGAAGAUGGAAGGAAGUAACCGCAACAUUUAACUUUCCCCCGACAGCAACGAAUGCAUCCUUUGUCCUGCGCAAAUACUACUUCUCGCUGCUUCAUAAUUACGAGCAAAUCUAUUUCUUCAAAGCUCGUGGUCAGAUUCCUCCCGAAUCCAAUAGAUCAGUCUCCUCGCUAGGAACCGCUGUAAGGCCAUCCUUAGAACUUCAAGCUAUAACAUUUUCUUAUCCAAGGAUCGGUUCUGGAGAAAACCCUUCAGAAAUGAGUAAUCCCUCUUCUUCUGCUGUCUCAGCAUCUUCAACUGGUUCCCCUGUGACUGGAGUCAUCGAUGGGAAAUUCGAGAGUGGUUAUCUCGUUACUGUCACAAUCGGGUCAGAGAAACUCAGAGGAGUCCUGUAUCAGAUUCCAAAGAACUCAGUCCCUCAAGCUCCCGAAAGUUAUGGUGUUUUCCCCAGCAACUGGACAGGCAAUGCUGCUUAUUCUCAGGUGCCUUCAGGGACAAAACGCCGUAGGAGAAGAAAGAAAUCGGAGAUAAAGAGACGAGAUCCAGCUCACCCGAAGCCAAACAGAAGCGGGUAUAAUUUCUUUUUCGCAGAGCAGCACGCAAGGCUGAAGCCGCUUCACCCAGGUAAGGACAGGGAUAUCAGCAGGAUGAUUGGUGAACUCUGGAACAAGCUAAAUGAACAGGAAAAAACGGUUUACCAAGGGAAGGCUCUGGAGGACAAAGAACGAUACCGAGCAGAAAUGGAGGAUUACCGAGAGAAGCUCAAGACGGGUCAGCUCAUCAGCAACGCAGUGCCACUGCAACAGCGGCUUUCCGAGCGAGAUGUGGAAAUGGCUGAAGCUGAUGCUACAGUGGAAGAACCCGAGCAAGAAGAAGAAGAAGAAGGUGACUCGAGUGGCUGCUCAGGUGAAAGCGACCUCGAGGAAGAUCAAAACCGCCAUUCUGCUUUGCCCUCUGUUUUUAGCUGA